CUUAGCGUAUCUUAGACCAAAGGGCAGCCUCUGGAAGAAGCCACACCGAUUGUGAAUUGAGUCCGAUGCUAUUUGUGUUGCUUUUUUCCUUGCCUGUGUGUCAUACAGCCUCUUAAGGCCUGAGCACUGUUGCCCUCAGACAGCAGACCCCAGACUGACUUCCUCAGCUUGAUGUAACAGGUUGCCUCAGACCGCACACCCCAGACUGACUUCCUCAGCUUGAUGUAACAGGUUGCCUCAGACAGCACACCCCAGACUGACUUCCUCAGCUUGAUGUAACAGGUGGCAGGUGUAAUAGCUCUGCAGGAUUGUGGGAACUACGUUGAGGCGCCUCCGUCUCCAUAGCAGAGCCUAACCUGAGCUAUGCAGUUCAAAGGUUUGAAUGUCUGGCGAAUCUCCAACCAACGUUACCACGUGGAAUGAAACUAUCAAGCUCUUCCGUGGAGGCAUGCCUCUGAAAAGACACUGGGCAUACUUCCGUAGCUAUGACAACAGCUUCACUGGAUCCGAGGCCGUUGAUUGGCUACAUGAGCUGCUGAAGCGAAACCAUAACUUUGGGCCAGAGGUGACCCGGUACCAGACCCUGCAGCUGCUCAGGAAAUUCAUGAAGAACCACGUCGUUGAGGAUGUCAAGGGCCGCUAUGGUAAAGAAGACUUUGAGGACAGUGGUCAAGUCUACAGGUUCCCUCCUACGUCCCCCCUGAAGCCCCUGCCCCAGCGGCCCCCAGUGUCAGAGAACUGCGACCUGCCCCGGCUCAUCCGCUGGGACGACUACGAGGAACUGCCGCAGCCAGAGAAGAUCCCCAUGAAGUCUCUGAUCCUGAACUCAGAGACGUGGAACAAGAGACACAGCAUAGCCAUUGGCGAGGUGCACGAGUGCAAAAUCAUACGCAGGAGUGACAUCACCCCCAAGCAAGUCGACCAAAUCUGGAAGAAAAUGACAAUCGCACAUUUGCAGAGAGUGCUGGGUCUGAAGACAAUGGAUGGGGUGUUGGAUCCCAAACACGUGAAUGCGAAGCAUAUCAUUCACAAUGUAUUCAGUGUCAACAAAACAGGAAUAGUCAUUGUGAAGAACAAAGCGGAGGACAUGCCUUAUUGGGUUCUAUCAGCAAUGAAGUGCCUAGCCAACUGGCCCAACGGUAGGGAGACCAAGCAGCCCAUGUACCCAGGCUUUGAGCGUGAUGUGCUGCGGACGGUGGCUGAGUACUUCCAGAGACUCAAAGAGCCCCUGUUGACCUUCCAGCUCUAUGAAGUCUUUGUUAACAUUCUCAGUCUGCUGCAGCAGAAAGAGGUGGCAGCGGAGGCCCUCCAGGUGUGCAGCCUCCUCCUGCCACCGGCCAACCGCCGCAGACUCCAGCUGCUCCUCCGCCUCAUGGCCAGGGUCUGCCAGAACCCCGCCCUUCCCCCGCUUAACGACACCAUAGCAACACGCACCCUGAUGGUGCAGACAUUCUCGCGCUGCAUCCUGGGCUCUGCAGAGGAGGUGGACCUGGAUGAGCUUCUGGCCACCAAGCUGGUCACCUUCAUGAUGGAGCACCACGACAGUGUCCUCAGGGUGCCCUCUAACCUGCACAGACAUGUGGAAGAUCACCUCUCCCACCUCAGGAGGGUACAGAUAAAGUAUGCCGGUGCGGAUACAGACGCCUCCCUGGUGUCUCCGUCGUACUGCAGGAAGAUUAGCAGGGCAGAGUUUGAGGAGCAGAGAGUCUCCAGCUCCCAGGGGCCCAUGCAGGAGCUGCUGGAGGGCCUCAUUGCCGACACUGAGCUCUCAGCCAAGGACAAGAGGAAGAGACUCAAGCAGUUCCAGAAGUCCUAUCCGGAGAUCUACCGCAGGCGGUUCCCCACAGCGGAGAGCAAGGCUGCCGUCUUACCAGAGAAAGCUCCACGGCUCAAACCCCAGCUCAUGCUCCUAACCUUGAAGAAACCCUUCCAGCCUUUCCAAAGGAGCUGGAGCUUUAGGGCCUAACUCUCACCUCUGACUCUGCACGUCUGACCUCUACAGUGUGGCCAGGAGACAGGGAGGAUUAUGGGUGUUGGAGUGUUUGGAGCUUAUUCCACAGCAGGUCAAUGAGAAUAGAAUUCACAGGGGUAAAGUGGCAAUAGAUGGAAUUGUGUUGCCAAUUUGACUUACUAUUCUAGAAACUACUGUUAAACUAAGAAGAGAAGUAUCGUAGAAACUACUGUUAAACUAAGAAGAGGACGCUAGGAAUCCAUAAAGGGCAGCUUGUGUUAGCCAACAUUAAACAGUGAAUGGAAAUUAUCAUGCAUAACAGGUCCAUUGAAUUGGUCACUACAGGUAGAAUUAGAAAUUUGUGUGCCACGUUUAAAUUGGUUUUAAAAAACGAAACAAAAAUAACCCCCUUUUUCUCCCCAAUUUCAAUCUUGUGUCAUCGCUGCAACUCCCCAAUGAGCUCGGGAGGUGAAGGUCGAGUCAUGCGUCCCCCGAAACAUGGUUCUAAACACCCGUCCGCUUAACCCGGAAGCCACCCGCACCAAUGUGUUGUAGGAAACACCGUUCAACUGACGACCAGGUCAGCCUGCAGUCGCCCGGCCCGCCAAAAGGAGUCGCUAGAGCGCGAUGUGACAAGUAAAGCCCCACCAGCCAAACCCUCCCUUAACCCGGACGACGCUGGGCCAAUUGUGCGCCGCCUUAUGGAACUUCCGAUCACAGCUGAUUGUGAUACAGCCCGGGAUCGAACCUGGGUCUGUAGUGACGCCUCUAGCACUGCAAUGCAGUGUCUUAGACCGCUGCACCACUCGGGAGGCCCAUGUGUUUUUUUCCCACCAAGUGAAAACUGAUUUUUUUUAAAAAGUCAAAUGCAUUUCAAUUGGGCAUUUACAGUGAGCUCCAAAAGUAUUGGGACAGUGACGUAGCUGCAGCACUUUGGAUUUGAAAUGAUACAAUGACUAUGGGGUUAAAGUGCAGACUGUCAGCUUUAAUUUGAGGGUAUUUUCAUGUCAUUUUAGGGAACCAAAAGUAUAGGAAACAAAUUCAUAUGUGUAUUAAAGUAGUCAAAAGUUUAGUAUUUGGUUCCAUAUUCAAAGCACGCAAUGACUACAUCAAGCUUGUGAAUACACAUUUGUUGAAUGCACUUGCUGUUUGUUUUGGUUGCGUUUCAGAUUAUUUUGUGCCCAAUAGAAAUUAAUGGUAAAUAAUGUAUUGUCAUUUUGGAGUCACUUUUAUUGUAAAUAUGAAGAAUAGAAUGUUUCUAAGCACUUCUACAUUAAUGUGGAUGCCACCAUGAUUAUUGAUAGUUCUUAAUGAAAUCAUGAAUAAUGAUGAAAGUUACAGACGCACAAAUAUCAUACCCCCAGAAAUGCUAACCUCUCCUAUUAUUGUAAUGUUUGGGGAAUGAUAUUUGUGAUUUUUAAGUUUCUAACUCCUCAUUAUUCAUGAUUCAUUCAGGAUUAUCCGUAAUUAUGGGGGAUCCACAUUUAAUGUAGAAGUGUUUAAAAACAUUGUAUUAUUUAUAAUAACAGUGACUCAAAUGACACAAUACAUUAUUUACCAAGCAUUUCAAUAUGGCACAAAAUAAUCUGAAACACAACCAAAACAAACAGCAAAUUGCACACAACAAGAUUGUAGAGUCACAAGCGUGAUGUAAUCAUUGCAUACUAUGAAUAUGGGACCAAAUACUAAACUUUAAACUACCUCUUGAGGCUACAAUCCCGCUAAUGGGAUUGGUUGGACAACAACCAGUGAGAUAGCACGGCGCGAUAUUCAAAACAAAAUAAUCUCAAAAUUAAAAUUCAAGUAUUAUACGGCAUUUUAAAGAUACUCAACUCGUUAAUCCAAUCACAUUGUCUUAUUUCAAAAAGGCUUUACGGUGAAAGAAAAACAUUAGAUUAUUUUAGCAUAGCACCUCAGC